AUGAUUUCCAUCGGCGAUGCCGAUUCCGAUGGGAUUAGCCUCUAUCGAGCAUCAUCGGACUUGUCCGUGGUGGAGUCAGGCGAAGUUCCACGACAAUCGAGCGGCAUUUCCUUGAAGCGAAACACCAACUGUGAACUCUGUAAUAAAGAAUACCCUUUGAUUAGCGUGUUGAAGCCGGAAGACGCGGAGCACCGGUUCUGUCAACGAUCCGUCUGUCAACAGUGUUCGAGCCAUUGCUAUCAUACUACGAAAGAUGAUGGAACAGGUGUACAAUGUCGAAUGUGUGACCGGUGUUACGAGCAGUUGAGCCCAGCUACUCCAGAUAAACCGGAUGAGGAUAAACUGCAGGUUAGUUUUUCACUUUCCUAUCCUUAAGC